AUGGCGAGUUGCUUCUUAGCAAGCGACCAAGCGACAAGGAGGCUGAGAGCUACAGCAGCGGCAGCAGCGGCGGCAGCGGCAGCUCUAGCAGCGGUGGCGACCACCCCGCUUCUUUCUUCGGGAACCCCGACCGCACUCAUUGGGACCAGGUCGUCUUGUCCGGGAGCCAUGUGGCUCUCCACGGCCACUGGCUCCCGGUCAGAUUCCGAGUCCGAAGAGGAGGACCUCCCCGUCGGGGACGAAGUCUGCAAACGCGGCUACCUGCGGAAGCAGAAGCAUGGGCACAGGCGCUACUUCGUGGUCAAACUCGAGACCGCUGACGCCCCAGCUCGGCUGGAAUACUACGAAAAUGCCAGGAAGUUCCGGCACAGUGUCCGCGCCGCGGCGGCUGCAGCAGCGGGAGAGCCGGCGGCGCUGGCGGCCCCAGCGGCGGCGGAGCCACCCUUCUACAAAGAUGUGUGGCAGGUAACAGUCAAACCCAGGGGGCUGGGGCACAGAAAAGAGCUGAGCGGCGUGUUCCGGCUGUGUCUUACCGACGAGGAGGUCGUGUUUGUGAGGCUGAACACCGAAGUGGCCAGCGUGGUUGUUCAGCUCCUGAGCAUCCGUCGCUGCGGCCACUCGGAGCAGUAUUUCUUCUUGGAAGUUGGCAGGUCCACCGUCAUCGGUCCGGGGGAACUCUGGAUGCAGGUCGAUGACCGUGUGGUGGCCCAAAACAUGCACGAGCUGUUUUUGGAGAAGAUGAAAGCUUUGUGUGCAGAUGAAUACAGAGCCCGCUGCCGCAGCUACAGCAUCAGCAUCGGAGCCCACCUGUUAACCCUGCUGUCCACUAGGAGGCACCUGGGCUUGCUGCCGAUCGAACCCGGCGGCUGGCUCAGAAGGUCCCGCUUUGGGCAACUAUGCCACCUCGGGGCCAUCGGUGACGGGGAAGAUGAGAUGCUCUUCACCAGGCGCUUUAUGACACCCAGCGAGCCUGCGGCCCCCUCCAGGCGUGGAAGACUCCCCCUGCCCAGAGCGCGCAGGUCCAAGAGAGCGAUUUCAGUGCCAGCCAGCUUUUUUCGCCGCUUAACACUCAGCCCGGUACGUACCCCGCACCCUGCAGAAGCCCCCAGCGACGGAGCUUGCAUGUCUUCUGAAGCAUCUGGCUCCGGCUCUGGCAAUUCUGGGGAGGAAGGCAAUCCUCGGGACAAAGAGGGUCAGGAAGGAAGCAGAGGUGACUACAUGCCCAUGAACAAUUGGGGCUCGGGAAAUGGCCGAGGCUCAGGAGGUGGCCAGGGCUCCAGUAGCCAAGGUUCCAGUAGCCAGAGCUCAGGAGGAAACCAGUGUUCAGGCACGGGGCAGGGAUCCGGAGGCCAUGGCGCAGGAGGAAAUCGGUGCUCAGGAGAUGGCCAGGGCACCACAGGUGGCCACGGCUCAGGCAGUGGCCAGGGAGCCGGAGGUGGACAUGGCUCAGGUGAUGGCCAGGAACCAGGGGAUGGCCAUGGCUCUGGCGGUGGCAAGAACUCUGGAGGGGGUAAGGGCUCAGGAGGUGGGAAAGGCUCCGAUGAUGAUGGUGAACGUGGAAAAUCUGUGAAGAAAAGAUCCUACUUUGGCAAAUUAACUCAAAGUAAGCAACAGCAAACGCCACCAUCUCCACCACCCCCACCACCCCCACCACCCCCAACUCCAUCCCCAACAGCUGGAGCAACUGGUGGAAAAGGGAAGUCUGGAGGAAGGUUCCGACUUUAUUUCUGUGCUGACAGAGGAGCCACAAAGGAACACAAAGAAGCCAAAGAAGUGAAAGAUGCAGAGACCCCAGAAGGUGCAGCUUGGGGUCCCCAUAGAGCCAGAGCUUUUGACGAAGAUGAGGAUGACCCAUAUGUGCCAAUGAGGCCAGGAGUAGCUGCCCCUCUCGCAUGCUCCAGUGAUUAUAUGCCAAUGGCUCCGCAAAAUGUUUUUGAUUCAAAAAAGCGCCACUCUCAGUCACCUUUUGAAGAUUCAAGAGGGUACAUGAUGAUGUUUCCUAGAGUGAAUCCACCACCUGCCCCAAGUCCUCCAAAAUCACCCGAUGCUAACAAAGAGGAUGACUCAAAGGACAACGACAGUGAGAGUGACUACAUGUUUAUGGCUCCUGGAGCCGGUGCAAUUCCAAAAAACUCUAGAAAUCUUCAGGGCGGCUCUUCCUCCAAAAGUUGGAGCUCCUACUUCACUCUGCCAAAUCCUUUUCAGAGCUCACCCUUGGGACAGAGUGACCGCAGUGACCGAUGCUCUGAACCACCACCUGUAGCUAGGCUGCUGCAGGAAGAAGAGCAAGAGAGAAGACGCCCACAUAGCCGUUCGCAAAGUUUCUUUACAUCUGCCAGAGCCGCUGUCUCCGCUUUUCCAACUGAUAGCCUCGAGAGGGACCUUGCCGCCGCCUCAGCCUCCGCUGCAGCUUCGGCAGCAGCUCCAGCCUUAGCCGUGGGCCGGGCUUUAGCGGCGGCCUCGGCGCUCGCCGCGGCGCCGGGCAUCGGCGUAGCCGCCGCGGGCUUCGAGGCCGCAGCUGGAUUUGACUCCGCCUCCGCCCGCUGGUUUCAACCUGUUGCUAAUGCUGAUGAUGCCCAAACCCCAAGGGGAGCCCGAUACAUCGCCCGUGGCUCGAACCCUGGAGCCCAAAACCUAUCUGCAGACCUCGCCUCCGGAGGUGACAACUGGGCGGGUGGGGCUGCCGCUGCAGCUGUGCCUCCCACACCACCACCUCGCCCUCGCCGGGUGCUAAGACCCCCGGUGAGAGAAGAUUCUGACGACGACGACGACGACAUUUACGUGACAAUGGACUUUGCCAGACUUGACAACAAGAAGUUCGACUCUCCCAAAAGAGGUUGGUAA